CCAUGAAGACUGUCAUCCUCGCCGUGCUGGUAGCUGUGGCUGCAGGUUUCCCCACGGACACCCAGACCCCGAUUCCCAUCGUUCGUCAGUCACAAGUGAACCCAGAGCUCGGAGCUCACAACUUCGAGUUCGAGUCCGCCAACGGCAUCUCCGUCCAAGAAUCCGGCUCAGAGGGGAGUCAAGGAGGUGCUAACCGCAUCGGAGAAUACAGCUAUAUUCAGGAAGAUGGAACCGUAGCCAAGGUGACGUUCGUGGCUGACGAGAACGGUUUCCAGCCACAGUCUGACCUGCUGCCAGUGGCUCCUACCUUCCCCCACCCCAUCCCUGAGUACGUCCUCGUCCAAAUCGCUUUCGCUGAGGAGGAGAGGAAGCGCUUGGAACGCGAGGGCAAGUCUCCCCUGUAAACUCUCUCACAACCUCACAAGACAACGCUACGUUCCUGGGGGAAUUUAAUUAAUCUCUCGCAAAUGAUUACAUUCUUUUUUAUUUAUUCACGUAAAUAAAUUAUUAACGUUC